AUGAGUGGGCUAGUCACUCUUGUACCUCCACCUCCCAAGUUCGACAUCUCGGCAAAGGACUUGGAAGAAGAUGCAAAUGACCUGGUUAAUCAUAUUCAGAGAACGACCGUUAGCCUGAUUAGCUCCUGCGCAGACAAAAUCCCUGACUUUGAGACGGUUAUCUUGCCGUUGGCUGGCAUCGACAAUGAGAUCAAGGCACGAGUACAAUACAUGGCUCUAUUCCAAGCCAUUUCUUCGAGUGCAGAUGUCAGGAAGGCAUCCUCCGUGGCGAUAGAUCUCGUGGACAAGGCUUAUAUGAGCUUAUUUCAGGAUGAAAACCUGUUCGCUUUGGUGAAUCGCGUACGAGGUAAUGAGUCGAUGCGCAUCAGGGAUGAAGAGGACAAUCGGUUGCUUGACAAAUUCCACUGGAUGUUCUUGGAAAACGGGAUGAAUCUAACAGGCAAGAGCCGUGAUAGGCUUACCUGGAUAUCUCGUCGUUUGAUAGAGCUUCGGGUCAACUUCAUGGAAACCCUUGGAACAGAUCAGGGCUGUCUAUGGAAGAGUGAACAACAACUAGCUGGCGUGCCUUUGGAUAGACUGUCGACUGGAGUGGAUGAAGACGGCCGAGGGGAGUUGUAUCGAAUUCCUCUCACCAAACCAAUUACCACCCUUAUACUGUCUGAGUGCCAGAUCUCGGAAACACGCAAGGAUGUUUUCUUGGAGAGCAGUUCCAGAUAUCAGGCCAAUGUGGAUAUAUUUCGUGAGAUUAUUGUUUUGCGAGAUAAAGCAUCGCGUUUGUUGGGUUUUCCCUCCUUUGCAGCCCGUAAGCUGGCGCGGCAAAUUCUUGGCCCGCCUAGCCGCGUAGAUGAGUUCUUCCAGCAUCUUCAGGAUGCGCUGAAGCCAUUGGCAGAGGCAGAAAUUCUGAAGCUGCAAGAGCUAGCGAAUACCCGUAACCCUAUUCACCUCUGGGAUUUUGACUUCUACCACACAAGGAUGCUACAGGAGCAAAACCACGUGGAUCACGAACUUAUAUCACAAUGGUUUCCUGCGAAGAUGACGAUUCAGCGUAUGCUCGCUAUAUAUGAGCAAUUGUUUGGCUUGCAAUUCAAAAAAGUCGAUGUUUCUGAAAGCUCUCACACCUGGCACCCAGACGUAGAUCUAUUCUCCGCUUGGGACGAACAGAAUACCUCUUUUAUCGGAUAUCUAUACAUCGAUAUCUUUUCUCGUGCCGGUAAAUACAACCACGCGGCCAAUUUCAACAUUUACCCAAGCUUUCUAGACUCCGAUGGAAAAUGGGCUCCAGUAGUGACGGCACUCGUGUGUAAUGUUUCUCAGGCAGAACCAGCCCUGUUGAGGCACGCCGAAGUCAUUACAAUAUUUCAUGAACUGGGACAUGGCAAAUCAAAAUACGCCACCUUCCAUGGGCAUUGCGCGGUAGCGGAUUUCACUGAAGCACCAAGUCAAUUGUUGGAAUACUGGUGCUGGGUUCCGGAGUGCCUCCGAAGACUCACAUGUCACUACUCAUAUGUCUCCCAGAAGUACUACAGGCAUUGGUUGGGCCGCCAGAAAGAGAAGAAUGUAGCACAACCACCCAUGGAAAUAGACCCGGCGCUGGCUCGAGACCUUGGGGCCACUAAGCAGCUCAACCAGGGCAUCCUGACUCUCCGACAGGUCGCAUUCAGCAAAUUCGACAUGCAGAUACAUCAUCCGGCUUCGCAUGAGGAUGUGCAGACAAUGCAUAUUUCAGAAGCUUACAAUUAUUUACUGGAAGAUACAACCGGUCUUGGUGGACCCGGAGAGAGCUAUGAUUGGGGUAACGGCUAUGCGACUACGUCGCAUUAUGUAUGGGGCCAAGAGGCUAGCUACUACUCAUACCUGUUUACCCGUACACUAGCAGCCGACAUAUGGUCAACGUGCUUCAAGGAGAAUCCUAUGAGUAAGGAGGCAGGCCUAGAGUAUCGGCGGCAGAUCUUGAAUCACGGUGGUAGCAAGGAUGAGCGUAAAGCGGUGGAGAACUUCCUGGGGAGGGUUUCCACGCCGGAGGCAUAUUUGCGGGACAUUGGUAUUGGCUGCGAGAAAUGA